GGCAAGUCAAUUAAGUUUGAAUGUAUCCUCCAAUGAAUUUUACACUAACGCCAAAUGAUACAUCUAAUAUAUUUGCAGUAUUUAUAGAAAAAUACCCAAUUUCCUCAUGGAAGAAAUAUGGAUUUUUUGACGAAAAUUAUAUCAAAUCCAUCAAUGUGCACUGGUUACAAUUUUUACCACCUAAUCAAAUAAAUCAUUACGCUUUAGCUGUUUUGUACGUUAUUAUUAUGAUAAUAGGACUUGUUGGAAACAUCCUCGUAAUAGCUAUAUUUAUAAGGUCGCGAUCGUUGCGAACACCCGCAAAUUCCCUAGUCAUGAAUUUGGCAAUAAGCGACGCAUUAAUGAUGUCAAAAAUGCCCGUAUUUAUUUUUAAUAGCAUAGAGAGCGGACCAGCGCUUGGCAGGUUGGGGUGUCAAAUAUAUGGUUUCCUUGGCGGACUGAGCGGCACUGCUUCAAUCUGUACAUUGGCCGCAAUUUCAUUAAAUCGAUAUUAUGUAAUCAAAUUCCCACUGAAUAUGCGUUUUACGGGUGCCCGUUCUAAAAUUUGCAUUGCCCUUGCGUGGAUAUACAGCGUAACAUUUUCCAGCAUACCACUUCUCGACACCGAAUUAGGCUCAUACGUACCAGAAGGAUAUUUGACCAGUUGCAGUUUUGAUUAUUUAUCGGAAAUGGCGGGAGUAAAGUUGUUUAUAUUAAUUUUCUUUACUGCUGCCUGGCUAAUGCCCUUCACGAUAAUCACAUUCUGUUACAUACAUAUAUGGAUAGUCGUAUUGGAAACAAGAAACGUUGGAAAAUCCGGAAACGAAUCUUCCAGGAAUAUAAAGUUGGAAGAAAAACGACGGCAAGAUCUGAAGUUGGCGGGCACAAUUUUUAUUAUCAUUAUCUUAUGGUUUGUAGCAUGGACUCCUUAUGCUGUGGUCGCUUUGCUAGGAAUAUCCAAUCAUGCGGAUCUCAUAACUCCUCUGGCAUCAAUGAUUCCGGCUCUGUUCUGUAAAACGGCAUCCUGCAUUGAUCCAUUUGUUUAUGCGUUGAGCAAUCCAAAGUUUAAAAACGAAGUUAAAAGAUGUUUUUUCAAAGGGUCUAUACAUAACUAUCAAAGUUCGAAAGUAUGGAGUACGCGCGGUAGCACGGAGAGGCGUAGAACUUUAAAGGACGAGGUAAAAGAUGAGGUCAAAAGUGUGGAGUCGAUAUCAGAAGAGGUGCAAGAGGAAAUAAUAUUAGUUAGCAUAAAGUCAUAAAUGUUUAUUAGAAAA